AUGUGCGGGUUCACGGAACAGCUGGAGUCACGCGCGCGUUCCCCGUUCACGGUACUGAUCUCCGGCACCUAGCGUAGGUUUCCACCUCUCCAGUUUUUAUCUUCUUGCUCUUCUUCUGCAUUAUUUUUGGUUCGGGCUUUUAAAAGGUGAAUUGUAACGGAAUACAAUUUUCACGCCUGGUUUAUGGGUGAAAAAAAUCCAGACAGAAUGGAAAAUCAAGGAAUUCCAAAAGUCGAAGGAGAAGGAGAUUUAAAGGACAUAACAGUGACUGAGAUAAAAUUUUAACUGAUUUUCUGGGCGUUUGAAGUGGAAUAUCGUCUUUGGAGAUGGAUACGAUGAAGGAACGAGUUUUGGCCCCUGGAAAGGAGAGAUUGAGGAAUCUGGCGGGGAAAACCCUCGGACACAUGCACAGGGUGAUGGAAAAGAAGCAGAAAACCGGUGAAGUUAUUGAGCUGACCGAAGACGGGCGGCCCGCUCAGGUAAAGGAGAAGAAAGCGCCGCUGUGCGACUGCCCGUGCUUCGGGCUUCCGCGGCGGUAUAUCAUCGCCAUCAUGAGCGGCCUCGGCUUCUGCAUCUCUUUCGGGAUCCGCUGUAACCUGGGAGUCGCUAUCGUAGAUAUGGUCAACAACAGUACUAUUCACAAGGGUGGCAAGAUAAUCAUCAAAGAGAAAGCCAAAUUUAACUGGGACCCAGAGACUGUGGGAAUGAUCCACGGCUCGUUUUUCUGGGGUUAUAUAGUGACACAGAUUCCAGGAGGAUAUAUAUCCUCACGACUCGCGGCCAACAGGGUGUUUGGUGCUGCUAUCCUGCUCACGUCAAUACUCAACAUGUUCAUCCCAUCUGCUGCACGUGUGCACUACGGCUGUGUCAUCUUUGUGAGGAUACUGCAAGGACUUGUCGAGGGUGUGACCUACCCAGCAUGCCAUGGGAUUUGGAGCAAGUGGGCUCCACCCAUGGAGAGAAGUCGAUUAGUAACCACUUCUUUUUGUGGUUCAUAUGCUGGUGCUGUGAUCGCUAUGCCAUUGGCUGGAAUAUUAGUGCAGUACUCAGGCUGGUCGUCUGUCUUCUAUUUAUAUGGGAGUUUUGGGAUCUUCUGGUACAUGUUUUGGAUUCUAGUAUCAUAUGAGAGCCCAGCCGAUCACCCUACCAUUUCAGAUGAAGAGAGGACUUACAUAGAGGAGAGUAUUGGAGAAAGUGCCAACCUGCUUGGGGCAAAUGAGAAAUUCAAGACACCUUGGAAGAAGUUCUUUACCUCAAUGCCGGUCUAUGCAAUCAUUGUGGCCAACUUCUGCCGGAGCUGGACCUUCUACCUGCUCCUCAUCAGUCAGCCGGCAUACUUUGAGGAAGUAUUCGGCUUUGAAAUCAGUAAGGUCGGUAUGGUCUCUGCUCUGCCCCACCUUGUCAUGACCAUCAUAGUGCCAAUCGGCGGACAGCUAGCUGACUUCCUUCGCAGAAAAAACAUCAUGUCCACCACCACCGUCAGAAAAAUCAUGAAUUGUGGAGGGUUUGGAAUGGAGGCGACUCUUCUGUUAGUGGUGGGUUUCUCUCAUAGUAAAGGUAUGGCCAUCUCGUUUCUGGUGCUAGCAGUUGGAUUUAGCGGCUUUGCUAUUUCAGGAUUUAACGUCAACCACUUAGACAUUGCGCCAAGGUAUGCCAGCAUAUUGAUGGGCAUUUCUAAUGGGGUGGGCACACUCUCUGGUAUGGUCUGCCCUCUCAUUGUAGGUGCAAUGACAAAAAACAAGACACGUGAAGAGUGGCAGAAUGUGUUUCUGAUCGCCGCCCUGGUGCAUUAUGGGGGAGUCAUCUUCUACGGGAUAUUCGCUUCAGGCGAGAAGCAGCCGUGGGCAGAUCCGGAAGAGACCAGCGAGGAGAAGUGUGGCUUCAUCGACGAAGACGAGUUAGCGGAGGAGACUGGUGACAUCACACUGAGCCAUGCUCCUUUCGGGGGCCAGGGCACUCUCGGGGGCCCCGCCAAAACAUAUGGGGCUACAACGCAGCUGAAUGGGGGAUGGGCUAAAAGCUGGGAGAAAACCGAGGAAUACGUCCAGGAGGAAGCUGAACAGACGUAUAGAGGAGGCCGGUACUCAUAGAUAAUUCAGUCAGAGAGUAUUUAUCCAAAAAGCUGCUAGGGGAGACAUAGAGUAAGAUGUUUAUCAUACAUCAUCUAUUCAGAGAGCAAAUGUAUCAUUAGAAAAUACUGUUUAUAAAGUCGUAUUAUAGGAAUAAAGAAAGAAUAUAAAUGGUUAAAUCAAUUUACAGACCAGACUAUGGAAAUGUGUAUUUAAAAAGCAAAAAUAUUUAUUUUAGAUUAUUACUGCAUUUGAUCAACUGAUAAUAUUUAACAGCACACACACAUACACACAAAAUAUCUUUAAUCAAAGCACAGGUCCUAAACUAAUUUUGUUUUAGUUUAGUGUUGUCUACUGUGUACUCACAUAGAAUAAGCAGUUGUUGUAUUUAAUAGAAACAAAUAAAGUAUAGUCCUUUAUAGUCAAUAAUAGGAGAUUAGUUUCACGUGGAUGUUUUCUCUGGUUUUCAGAGCCCUUGCAACCAAAAUAUGCAAAAUUUGGGGUUUUUGUAAGUAUAUUAUAUAUAAACUUGAAACUACAAAGAGUGCUGUUUAUCAUUAUGUGCGUGUACUAUAUUACACAUUAUGAACUCGUCCCUUUAUUUGGGAUUUAAAUCUAGGAAAUAGAGCUAAAUAGUUAUUAAACAAAUGUGUGAUGCAGCGAGAAUCUAAACUAGCACAAUUUUGCUAAACAUAAUAAAUGUAUAUGAAUAUUGAUGUGUAUUAAAAGUGAAAUAUAUUGAUACACCUUUAAGGGGCAGUCUCCUGGUCAGAGUUUAGAUUAAGCCAGGACUAGGCCUUAGUUAUAUCUUACAAAAAACAUUACUGAGACAUUAUGAAUUUUAGUCUGAGACUAGGCUUGAGUCCGGUUCGGGAAACCGCCCCUAAAAGUCCUUUAAAGUUACACUUUUAAAGUGCAAUCUUGUAUAAAUUGUGGCACAAAACCAAUUUUGUUCAGCUAAUCAACAAUCCAUUUAAAUGUGUGCUUGGCAAUACAGUCUUGUAUUUUUCAGUGGUAUUAAGCUGGUCUUUAUUAAAAGAUGUUCGAUUUUUAGGCAAUGUAUAAUGACAAACCUGCCGUUUUCUGAUAUACUUUGAAUGCACUGAUAUGUUAUUGGGGAAACGUAAUUUUUAAGUAUGUGUUUUACAAAGAUUUACUGUUUCUGUGAGACUGUGCUGCUGGGUCAGUGAUAUCUGUGCUUUCUGUUCUUAUUGGGCUGUAUUUAUCAUAAAAGUGAGAUUGUCUAUCUGAGAUAUAAAUAUAUAUAUUGUGACGUCAAAGGGAGCAUUUUAAUAUGGAAGGGUGGGGGCACAACCUAACGCACAAAUCUCUGCUACAAUUCAACACUUGAAGUUUGUUUACCAUUCCCUCACAAUCGUCAUGAAAGUGACAGAAAAGAAUGGGUAAGGUUAAUUCGAACAGAUAAAGGGUUUGUUCUAACACUUGCUAAAAAAUUUAGCAUGUUUCAAAAUGGUGCUAUGUAGGCAACAAAACAGUGAUUAAGAUUAUAUAAAGUUUGAUUUAAGGACUUACACACUCAACUAAGAAAAUAAAGUAAACAUAUAGACAGUUUCACAGAAUUCGUGUGUGUUGCCAUGGUUACGUGCCUUUCCCGACGUUAACUUCCAGUAUGUGUUUGUUAUAGGUCUGACUGGUUACGCUGACCUCUGGAACAAAUACCUAAAAAAUUCGGUUCCUAAAUUUCCUAAAAAUAAAGGGAUAUGGCAAGCAUGUAUCACUGCUGUGCAAAGAGAUUGAUAUGUAAAAGGACUGUGUUACAAUUAACCAGCCUGAUUUUACAAGAAUUCGUACAUAUUUUACGAGUUGGCUAAUUUAUAUGAAUUCAUACGAAGUUAAUCGUGCCAAAACGUAUGAUUCUCAUGAAGAAAAAACAACAACGAAACUCAACCCCUAACACUGCACCUAACCCCAACGUCACAGGGGUCAAGGCAAAUCGUACAAAAACUUACGAAUGUGGUCGUAUGAAUUAAUACGAAUUGGCGAACUCGUCAAAUAGGCUAUGUACGAAUUCUCGUGAGAUAGCAUUGAAUUAACCCGCAUUAGUUUGUGCCCCGCUCACCGUCAGGGUCAAAUCCUAUGUGAGGAUUUGCUGAUCACAUGUGUUUAACUGUUGCCAUGCAAAAAAAUGUAUUUGAAAAAGUUAUUAUGUGAAUCUCAUUUAACUGUCUAAGGUUGUAUUUUAUAAAAAAACAAAAGAAGCUUUAAAUGAAAAAUGCUUAAGGAAAAUGAACAGCCCAGUCACACGAAAUUACGUGUAGUCAUGUAAUUUGUUUAAUUCUUUUUCGUGAUACUGUCACGAAGUUCUGCGUUUUUUUCGUGAUCGUAUCACAAAUUCCUGUUUAUGUGUCAUUGUCACGUAUUGGUUACUCUACUGUUUUUUUUGUCCUAAUUUCUUAACAUUUUCACUUCGGUUUAGGGUUAGAUUUACAUAAAAUUAUAUCCUUACCCAAACCCAACUCUAACCCUAAUGCCAGGCGACACUGGUUUAAAAUUUAGAAAAUAUUUUUAAAAAAUCUGAAAAAAUCGUAUAAACCAAUACUUAAAGUGACAUCCUAAUGCAAACACCAAAUCUAACCCUAAACCGAAGUGAAAAUGGUUUGAAAAUAGGAAAAAGCAGUUGAGUAACCAAUACGUGACAAUGACACAUAAACAGAAAUUCGUGAUACGAUCACGAAAAAACACAGACAUUCGUGACGCUAUCAUGAAAAAGAAUCUUUACAUGACUAUAGGUACAUCAUUUUGUGAGAUUGGGUAGCAGCGAAAUAUGACCUGGACAUUUUUAUGCAGGAUUCACAGUGAAAGUAAUCUAUUUCUGACACAAACCAACAUGCUGUUUUUACUUAACCAGCACUAGGAUGAUGUGUCAAAGUCUUUAACUUUUUUUUAUAUAAAAACACAUUUAUUAAGAACACAAACUGCAAUAAUUUAUUGGUAACAACAGCCAUUUAGCUAUAUUGAUCUGAAUGAACACACAAACUGUGUCUAGAUGUUUACAGAGUCAUUUGAAUGGUUGAGAAAUUCCUGAAAUAUCACAAUCAUCUUAAAUCCAAGUUUUGUUUGUUGUUCAUGGAUUGAAAAACAGAGACAUUGUUAAUGGUUGGAAUCUGAGCCAUGUUUUAAGUUGUUCUGAAGCUUAACUAGAUGUCUAGAUGUUUUCUACAUUUGUGAGAUCAUGACCUGUUGCCUGAAACUAAAGUGCACAAGUAAGUGUUUCAUAUAUUGUUGUGUCAAAGAGAGCAAUUUGUUGAUGUCAAAAAGUGUUAUACUGUAUGAAUUUACUGUUAUUUUAUAUACAGUACAGUUAUUCAAUCUUUCAUUUUUAAAACGGGUGCACCAAAAGAUUGAAAAGAGUUGAUGUUCUUUAUAGAGUGUGAUGUUUAUUUUUGCAUGAUAGUCAUUAAAACCAUUUUGGGCAUUGAUUUCAAAUUGUGUAAUUUAGUUUUUUUUAAGUCUUGUUUUGAGAAGGUCUUGUGGACAUUUGUUGAUGGCUUUUCACUUAGAAACAUCAGAUAAAGCCUCAAGUCCAUUUAAAUGGGGACUGUGCAUCACAAGAACGAUGUCACAAGAGAGACACUGAAGUUCCGCUAACCCAACAGUUUAUGUUGUUUUAGUAUUGUGUGUUGUAUCUUUGUUGUAUUAUUGUAUAUGCAAACUUGGUUGCCUAUCUUGGCCAGGGCCCUGCUGUAAAAGAGAUGUUUAAUCUCAGUAAGUCUUUUCCUGGUUAAAUAAAGGUAAAUAAUAAAAUAAUUUUUACUGUU